AGCCAGGGAGUUGGCAAGAGUUAAAGAGCUUGGAAAUUGCUUGGAGAUACUCGAGUCCAAAUCCAAGCAUUUUUGUCUUAAAAACCACGAAAUAUUUAAAUCUUCGUGGAUUUUUACUCACUAUUUAAAUACAUACCUUCAGUUUAAAUUAAUUUAACCACCGGGUAAUUAAAAAUAAUUAUUUUAUUACUCUAAAACUAAAUCUCGAGUUUUUGGUGGUACCUCAAACAAAGUGUGGUGCGUUUUAAAAAAAAAAAAAAGUAAUCAGUCACAAGUUCCCAGUGUCGGCCUAAGUUCCAAGGGCUGCAUCAUCGUCAUCACCCAUCACCAUAAUUAUAACCAUCAUUAUUAUCAACUUUAAAUCUCGUUCUCGUUCUUCAGCAUCACGUAUCUGAUUCCUGGUGAUUCUAGUAGAUUACUGACGCUUGCGCGCCAUUACUAAUUAUCCAUAUUCUCUUAACGCAUUCUUCAGUUGUAGUUAAAAAAAUUUUUUUUUUCUUGAUUAAUUUUUUUUGUCACGUCGUAUAGCAUCAGUACUUUAAUAUAAAUAAAUAUAAAUUUUGAGUAUUUAAAGUGCAGUGAAUUUAAAAAAUAAAAAAAUUAAAAUCAGUUAAAUUUAUAUACUAAUUAACAAUAGUAAUUAAAGACUAAUAAAUAAACCGGUACGUUUUAAAAUUUGAUGGUUAACAAUGAGUGAUUAUUCAGCGGUUGCUCCGCCUCAGAAUUUCAGCCAGAGUUCGGCUUUUGCCGCGGCAUUACAACGUGCGAAACAGAUCGCUGCUAAAAUAAAUCCUGGUGGCAAUCAAAAUACCGAUGGUGGGAUCAAGAGGUCACUUGAAGACAGUACAGGGUUCAGUGAUGAAUUUACAGAACCAGAGGCAAAGAAAUUAGCACAAGAUCCAUUAAUUGGAAUGCGAGGCGGACCGUUGGGAGGAAUAGGAGACAAUGGAGGGAAUCGAGGAGCACCAGUAUCAUCGCCAACAUCUAGCUUGGGAGGUAUUUGCAAUGAAGAUAUCAGAGUUCCGGACAAAAUGGUCGGAUUAAUAAUUGGACGGGGUGGUGAACAAAUUACACGGUUGCAAAGUGAAACGGGGUGUAAAAUACAAAUGGCACCCGAAAGUGGCGGUCUGCCUGAACGUCUUUGUACCUUAACGGGUUCAAGAGAAGCUGUCAAUCGUGCUAAGGACUUAGUACUGUCGAUCGUCAAUCAGCGCUGCCGAUCUGAAGGCGGUAUGGGUGACAUGAACAUGCCUAAUCCUAAUAAUAGCGGUGGUGGAGGAGGCGGGGGAGGGGGCGGAGGUAGUAGUGGCGGCGGAAGUAGCGGAGGAAGUGGUGGUGGAGGUGGAGGUCCGAUGAUGAGCAGUAAUAGUCAUCCAGGUAAUGUGGAAAUAAUGAUACCUGGUCCAAAAGUUGGAUUAAUUAUUGGCAAAGGCGGGGAAACUAUUAAACAGCUUCAAGAAAAAUCUGGCGCCAAAAUGGUUGUUAUUCAGGAUGGACCUUCACAAGAACAAGAAAAACCUUUGAGAAUAACUGGAGAUCCUCAGAAAGUAGAGUACGCUAAACAAUUAGUGUAUGAACUGAUAGCCGAAAAAGAAAUGCAAAUGUUUCAUCGUGGACCACGAAACAAUGAGAGAAAUAGUUUUUCUAAUGACAAUGGCUUCAAUAAUCACGGAUCGUCAUCAGCACCGUCAAAUAAUGGCGACGGAUGUGAAGUAUUAGUACCGCGAGCAGCUGUCGGUGUUGUUAUCGGCAAAGGAGGUGACAUGAUCAAGAAAAUUCAAUCUGAAACCGGAGCACGAGUACAGUUUCAGCAGGGAAGAGAAGAGGGUCCAGGUGAUAGAAAAUGUUUACUGUCAGGAAAACCACAAGCUGUAGAACAAGCUCGUCAGCGAAUUCAAGAGCUCAUCGAUAGUGUCACGAGACGAGAUGAUAGACCGCCUGCAGGAAGAAGUGGAUCACGUGGCAAUGGCUUCGGAGGUGGUAAUAAUAAUGGAGGCGGUGGUGGACGUCCUAAUGAAUACGGAGGUUGGGAUCGACGACAAGGAGGUGGCUCGAUGCAAGACAAAAUAGAAGCUACAUACAAUGUACCUUCAACUAAGUGUGGAAUAAUUAUUGGCAAAGGUGGCGAGACAAUAAAACAAAUAAAUCAGCAAACAGGAGCACACUGUGAACUUGAUCGUAGAAAUCCAGGCACUGAAACUGAAAAGAUUUUUAUUAUUCGUGGCUCUCCAGAACAAGUAGAACAUGCCAAGAGGAUAUUUAAUGAAAAACUAGGCGUGCAAAAUGAUCCGAUGCAUGAUUUCCAAGGAGGUGCAAAUGCAGCAUACGCUGGUGCUCAGGGUGCAAUUGGUUACAAUCCGACAUGGAACGCAGGUGCAGGUUAUCAAACAUGGCCUACUCAAGCUCAACCAACUGAUGCCUCUGCUACUGCGCAACCCGUGCAAAUAAAUCCUCAAACUGGUCAACCAGACUACAGUGCCCAAUGGGCUGAAUAUUAUCGUUCUUUGGGAAUGCAUCGCGAGGCUGAAUUGAUUGAGCAACAGUCGAAACAAGCAAAGGCCGAUCCAGCCCAGCAGCAAGCUGCGGCAGCGGUCGCUGCUGUUGCAGCUCCAGGUGCCGCAGCUGCUGCACAAGCGACUCAGCAACAGCAGCAGCCCCAACCUAAUCAACAAGCUCAGCCACAAAAUGCUACACAGAAUGGCGGACAAGCUGAUUACAGUGCUCAGUGGGCUGAGUACUAUCGUAGUAUUGGUAAAAUAAAAGAAGCUGAAGCUAUUGAAGCACAAAUGAAAGCUGGAAAGAAUAAUCCAAUGGGCCAAACACAAAUGCAACCACAAGCAAUGCAAGGUCAACCAGCAACACCAGCUGCACCAACACCAGCAAAUGCCUUUCCACAAGCAUACGGAGCUUAUCCAGGCAUGAAUCCUGGAUCAACUCCCGGAAAUUAUUAUGCACCGGGUGCUGGUGCACCACAACAACAAAAUCCAGGGCAACAGAAUCCAGGGUUUCCCACUGGCUAUCAAAACUACUCUUACUCCCAGCCUAACGCUGAUAAUUAAGAGUCUACAAUAUUAAUAAUUUUCAGAUAGCUUUCCAUUGGGACGCGGUUACCUGCUGUCUUCACAAUAUAUUACAAAAUUAAUUCAUUAAAAUAAUUAAGAAAAAAACAAAUUAUGAAAAAAAAUAUUACAUAUACAAUUACAAUUAUAUUAAUAAUGAUGAUUAAGAUAAACGUCUAUGGUAAUUUACGAUCCGCUUGCAUAGCGAUUAAAAAAAAAUAUGACUAAGUAUAAAAAUCAUUUAAAUAUAAAUUUAAAAAAAAUAUUAAAUGAAUAUAAAGAUAAAAAUAGUUAAGAUCACAGUAUAAUACAAAGUCCUCCGUAAAUUUAUUCUUUAUGUUAUUUUACUUUUCUUUUUUUAUUUUAAUUAAUUGAUUAUAAUUAAUAGUAUUAAUUACUAAAAAUAUAAAAACACCGUAGGAUAUUAUAUUUUUAAUCGCUGAAAAAUUAUAUUAAUUAAUAAUUAAUGUAUAAUCAAACGUAGUCCGUCAGUGUUCCAUAAAAAAAAAAAUAAAUAAAUACUGUCAGAUAUUUCUUAUCAAAAAAUUUUUACUGUAUUGUAAUAUAAAGAAAAAAAAAUAUAUAAAAGAUGAUAGCAAGCAAGCAAAGACGGUAUGUAUUGGCAGGUGAAGCAGCAAACUGAAGAUCUUGGGAAAAUGUAUGACGUGACUGCUUAUAAAAUGAAUUGGAAAAAAAGUAAAAUUUAAAUUUAAAUAAUGGACAAUUAUAAUAAUAACUGAUGUGGACGAAUUGAAAAAUAUAAUUUAUAAUUGGUAUAAUGAUAAAAAAAUAUGUAUGUUAGGUUUUCGUGUCUGAUGCAGCAGCCUCGUGUGCUUUAAUAAUUAUUAUUAUUAAUUAUAAUAAUAAUAUCAUUGUCUUUUUAAUUAUUUUUGCUUUUUCAUAUUGUCAUUUAUAUUAUCAAUUACUAUAAUUAUUAAAAUAUUUAAUUGAUAAUCUUGUAUUAAUUAACCAAUAUUAAUAGUUGAGAAAAUUUUUACUUGUGUACACUUUUAAUGAUAUUUAAAUACCCAUGCCUUAAUAUAAUAUAUUAUAUUCUAUAUAUUAAUUAGUCAUUUAUUUGUUUAAUUUUUUAUUUAUUUCAAUUAAUGUAAUUUAGGUUUACAUUGUACUGCAUUAGUUUCAUUUUUAGAUGCGGAUCCCAGCUGUCUAGAGCCUGCGACGUAUUACAAAUUGUACAAUUAUCAAUACAUAUAUAUAUUUAUGUAGAUGUAUAUAUAUAUAUGUAUUUAACAUAUUACAUACACAUAUAGAUGUGCUUGAAAUUCUAGUUUAGCAAUUGCAAUGCAUUUAAUUUAUAUUGUUUAUUUAUUUUUUUACUCACUUGUCAAAUGAUAUAUAUCAAUAUAUGAAAUGCAUUCUUCAGGAAAUAGGAGAGGCCUAAGAGGUUUAACGUAAUACCAGUUAUUGAUGGACGUCCUCUUUAUCAACUUUAUUAUUUUUAUUAUUAUUUAUAUUAUAUGACAUUCGUAUCAGUUAUCAUUCAUUAUGAUCUAUACGGUUUAAUUUUUAUUUUUUUAUAUUUAUAUGAUAAGAUAUGAGGUUUGUCAUUUUACAACGAAAACGACAUCGAUAAGUAUUAUAAGUAAAAAUGUUUUUAUUAUUAAUUUUUAGUUCGAAAUUAUAAUUGUUAUUUAAGGUGAGAGACCUAGUACCUGAUCAGGGAACUAGUACCCGAUCACUCAUAUAUUUUUAUAUCUAUAUUUAGUAGAAUUUAGUAAAUAUAGAUAUACAAUAGGGUGCUUCAAAAAAAAAUUUUAUUUUUUUUUUCGCUCUUAGCCCCUUAAAACGUUAGUGGGUGCCGAGGAAAAAAUCUUCGCAAAAGAUGGGCUCUCUAGCUCAACUCUAAGUGGUCGCUAUUUCAAUUUUAAUUUCCCAUCUGAUUAACAUGUAAAAAUUAAUUUUUUUAUUCAAAGUGUAAAUACUCGUAAGCUGCUGAAUAUUUUUCAAAUUUAUACAUAGAUCUUCAAAGUUGAUGUCUCAAGCUUUCCAAAACUCUAUGACAAGUCAUAAUUAUCCCCAAUUGAAGCUAGCAAAAAAAAAAAAUCGAAAAUUAACAAUUUCAUUUUGAAAUACAAAAUCGAUACUUUUUAGAUAGCUUUAAUUGACAUUUGAAUAAUGGUAAUUAUGACUUGUCAUAGGGUUUUAGAAAGCUUGAGAUCUCUACUUUGAAGAUCUAUGUAUAAAUUUAAAAAAUAUUCAGCAGCUUACGAGUAUUUACACUUUGAAAAAAAAAAAAAAUUUUUACAUGUUAAUCAGAUAGGAAAUUAAAAUUAAAAUAGCGACCACUUAGAGUUGAGCUAGAAAGCCCAUUUUUUGCGAAGAUUUUUUUCUCGGCAACCACUAACGUUUUAUGGGGUAAGAGCGAAAAAAAAAAAUUAAAGUUUUUUUUGAAGCACCCUAAUAUACAUGGAGUGAUCGGGUACUAGUUCCCUGAACGGGUACUAGGUCUUUUACCUUAUAGGGAACAAAUUUGAAAAAAGGGUAAUUGUCUUAAUGAAAAACUAGGGGUGUGCGAAUAAUUCUAACUUACAAAUUAUUCGUAUCGAAUCGAAUUAUUUGAAGUUUUUGAAUUAUUCGUUAAUUCUCGAAUUAUUCAAAAAUUUACGAACAAUUAGGAGAUUUUGUUGAAACGACUAAAAAUUGUAAUAGUUUUUGUAAUAAUUGAAAUUUUUGUCAGAGGUAAAUAAAGCUUAGACACGAAUCUACGGAACAAUCUUGGAUGCUCUGAAAACUUAGCUCUCCAUUAAGUGAAAAUAAUUUAUUUUGAAUGGCAAACCUCAUUAAAUAAUAGAAGAAAAAUGUAAUAAAUUAAAUGUAUUUAAUUAUAAAUAUCUAAGUGUUAUAAUAUUAAAACUAAGGAAACAUAAAUACAAUAAAAUUUAGUAUUUAUAAAUAAUCGGAACAAACAAGUGGAUAAAUCAAUUGGGAGCUCAACGAUACCAUCAACGAUCCAUCAGCUCAGUUAUAACAAAACAAAAUCUUAAUAUGAUUGAUUAUUAGAGUGGUCAGUUUGGAAAGACUAUUUUUUUUUUCACUCCCACUUCAAAAUAUUGUUGUAGACAUUAAAAAAAUUUACUGAAAGUUUCAGUUCGGAAUUUUAAUUUUAAAUACUUGACAUUUGAUUUUGAAGUUUCCCAUUUAAAAUCCAUAGAAAAGUUUGGAUUUUUUAAAAUUCUCUAUAGCUCAGCCGCAUUUCAAGUUAUCGGGUCGUCGUUUGCGGCAUUUUGUAGGUAAUUUAAUACUUUUCACAAGUCUCCUUAGUAAUUUUACUGAGAUUCUAAUUGUUUUUUCUGUAUUGGUUCUGAAAACGCUUUUUUUAAUAAUAAUUUGGGUUUUUAGUUGAUAUUGACUAAAUAACGAAAGUUACAGUAAAAAUGCAGAUAACGAUUUUUUAGGAAAUUUGAUUCUCUACAAAAAAGGUCCUCUCAGUUAAGUGGCUCAAGUUCUUCGUUCACGUGAUAUAGGGAUUUUAUUAAUUUUGUAAAUAAAAAGUUUGUCAAAAAUUUUUCCGAAGCUCAUCAAAUUUAAUCCUUCGUAUUUUCAUUAAUGGGUUAAAUUAAUAAAAAGAAAAUUAUUUACUUAUUUGAAAUUAAAAUUAAAAGGCAUUUGGUCGAAUUU